AUGUCCGAACAGAACCAAAACCAACACCAAAACCCCAACAUCAACCUCACCAUAGAAACCAUUCACGCCCCCUCCACCACCCCCCACAAACCAACCAGCAUCACAAUCUUCCUCGCCGGCAGCACUCCCCCUUCCCCCACAACCACCAGCAGAGACUCAUCCAGUUCCAUGCGCAUCUCCUCCUUCUCCUCCAUCAAACGAGACCCAGCCCACAACCAACAACCACCAUCUCCACCCCCAACCUGGCGAGAUACCUUCUCCACCCAUCUAGCCCAUUACUUCCUCCCCAAACCAGAACCACAACCAGACACCAGUCCAGAUAGUAAUAUCAUCGCAUCACCCCCCCAAACCAUCCACCUAACCAUCUACGACCCCUUCCGUCCAGACUGGGACAGCUCGUGGCGCGAAGACCCCUCCUUCCCGCCGUUCAAGGAACAGGUCUCUUGGGAGAUGGAGAAGCGGGAACGGGCUGAUAUCGUGCUGUUUUAUUUUGAUCCCGGGAGUGCGGCGCCUAUUAGUUUGCUUGAGUUGGGGCUUUGUAUGCGUGAGCCAGGGAAGGUCGUGGUUGUUUGUCCGAGGGGGUAUUGGAAGAGGGGGAAUGUGGAGAUCGUGUGUGAGAGGUUUGGGGUAACGGUGGUGGAGGGGUUGGAGGAGGGGGCGAGGGUGGUUGGGAGGAGGGUUGAGAGGGUGGGGAGGGAGAGGGAGGGUUGUUGA